AUGAGUGCCAAUUUUAUUGAUCUGAAUCUCAUUUACGACCCUUCUCUCCUUCAUUUUGAUAUUGUUUCAAGUAUACACCAAGAUCCACAGCUCGCAACAAGAUCUUUUACCAUGCACAUUGAUUGGAAUAGUCCAGUGAAGGUGAUUUUAACCAUUCCAGAACCAUUUGGAAUAUUUAAAGAUGAUAGCAUACUGCAUGAAGAAACGUUUAUGGUCAGUGUUGAUCAUCCUUUAAAAACAGAUAUUUGUUUUGACCCGUUGCACAUGAAGGAUUACAAGAUAAGGUCUUAUUCGAGACCUCUGACUCUCUUUAUUGUUGACUAUAAUUAUGAGAAAUCUUGUACAAUAUCUGCUGACGUUUACUUGCCUAGUGUGUCUCUAAGCCCUUCUUAUAUUAAUUUUGAGUGCGUCGAAUUAUUCCAGUCUGGUCAAAAAGAAGUAACGAUAAAAAAUAGUACACCAAUAGCUAUUUCUUACAGAUGGUACUGGAUUAGUGUAUUACCUUCUCGUUUGGAUAAAUAUAGUCUUCAGAAAUCAUUGGACAUGAUAAGUUCUACUACAUCAUUCCAAAAUAAUAAUUUAUGUGAACAAACAAGAAGUAAUCUUGAAAUAUUUAAAAGUAUUGGAAGUCAACGAUUUAAUACAUUUCAGGAAUUCGAAUCUGAAGCUAGACAUUCUGGAUUAGAUGUUCGUCCUGUACUAAAAGAAAUAGAUUCAAAAAGGAUAUCAGUAGAUGAGGAAUGUGCUUCCUUUCUAGAAUUUAGUCCAUUUUUGGGUGAACUGGAACCAGAAGAUUGUGUCGUCACAAUUAUCAAUUUUACACCAAAAUAUUAUCUUUGUUUUGAAGCUGUAGCAGUUUGUGUCAUCGAAGGUGGCCCAAGUGAGGAGUUGAUUAUUCAUGGUUGUUGUUCUCCGAUUAAUUUUGAAAUCAUUCCAGACAUCAUAAGUUUUGGUUUUGCCCCCUGCUGUGAACUCUGUAAAUCAAUGUUUAUAAUAAAAAAUAACUGUUUGAAAACAUUACCGUUUAAGAUACAUGCUCCGAAAUUAUCACAUGUAGAUAAGAAAACUCUGCAUCAGAGUGGUGUCUGGAUAGAAGAAGACAGUGGUGUGGUAAAUCCAUUUUCUAGUAUUGUACAUAAAAUUACUGUUUGGUUUGGGACGGUUGGAGAAGUUGAUAUCAACAUUUUAUUAGAAAUCGACAAUAAACCUAAGUACAUCAAGAUUUUUGGUUAUUGCUGCCCGAAUCAGGUAAUGAUUUCCCUUCCUCGAAAAUUUCCUCAUCUUAUUGAAGAGUAUCUGGUUCUAGCUUCUCUUAGAGAACCUUGGUUUUACAUUCCUGAGUUCAUCACAAUUACUGAGGAUGGCUGGGAAAAGAUUAUUCUUCCGGAAAUGUUACCAAGUACUGAAGACAUUUAUUUGGGAAUGGAACGCUUUUUUUUUCACCUGUCCUUAUAUCAUCAUCCCUCGCUGUUCUCCGAACAUUUUCUUGCCAAGAAACGUGCUUUUACUAUUAAGGGAUUCAAAGUUCCAAGUUAUUUUAUUGAUUUUGGUGUUGUAGUAUUAGGUACAAAGGCAGAAUAUAAAGUGAAAAUAUUGAACUAUUAUCCUCGAGAAGUUAUUCUUAAAGUUAUAUGCGAUGAUUUAUCUGGUUUAGAAGAAUUGGAAUUUCAAGAUUUACGUUCUUAUUUCAUUUUACCUCCACUGGGUACUGCAGAAUUCUCCGUUUCAAUUUUUGCAACAAAUAUGUUUGAGAAGUCAGAUAUCAAUAUCAAUUAUUCUUUUAAUAUUGAGGUUAUUUGUGGUCCAACGAUUCCUAUAUCAUUGUCUGCAACAAUAAGUCAACCUCGUUUGCGUUUACCUGGUUCUGUUGACUUUGGAGCCAUAAAUUGCAAUCAAAUGAAAAUACUAAAUAUUCCAAUCAAAAACAUUGGAAUAAUCCCGUGUGAAUGGAUUGUUUUUAUCCGAGAUUCAAAGGGUCAUAAACUUGAUGAUCCAAAAUCCUAUAUUGAUAUACCAUUUAUUGUUAAGAAGCCUUACGGUUAUACUGAACCAAAUAUUACUAACUACAUUCCUAUUUAUUUUAAACCUUCACAAAAGGGAGAAUAUAACAUGAUAUUAGAAUUUAUUAUCAACAUGAAUCCAGAAAAAAUUACCAUUCCAAUCAAAGGAGUUGGAUUGACACCAAUCAUAAUCAUGACAAAUGUAGAUUUUGGCUUUGUUAUUCCUUUCUCUAAACCUAUCAUCAAAACAUUGGAUGUUAUAAAUUUAUCUCCUUUUUCAGUAGAAGUAUUUUUCCCAGCAUAUGAUGACGAAAUUAUGGCUGAAGCUAUGGUAUUUAAAGCAGUUACUAGAUAUUACAAACAGGACAUAUACUUACCCGCUACAGAUAAUGAAAUCAUUCCGUAUAAUAAAAUUUGUAACAUCUAUAGAAGGAUUUGCAAUGAGGCUAUUAUAUUCGAAACGUUUUCGAGACGGUAUAAUAUAAAUGAAUAUCAUCGGGUUCCUUCUUUUGGUGUAAGAAAGUUUAGAAGUGAAAUAGUGCUUAAGAGAAGAUAUAAUUUGGAUUUAAAAGAGUGUAAAAGUUUGCCAAAUUUAGUAGGAAAAUCACAAAUCAAAGGAGAAUUAGAAACCUCCUUAAUAAACCUUUGCUACAAGAAGUCCCCAGAACUACUUUUAGAAGAAUAUUUUGAUUAUCUUGAUUGUGGUUUUAAGCCGAUACCUCCGUAUUUCAUUAUGUGGAGAGGAAGUAUUUAUUGUUCCAAACCAGAACCAUUUAUAUCCGAAAAAUUUACUCUGAUAAUUGUUCUCGGUGCACCAGAAACAGGUCAUAUCGAAUGGGGAGCAAAAUUAGCCAAAGCCUUUGGUAUGCUUUCUGUCUCAUUGGAUGAAAUAAUAUUUCAAGAACUUGCCGAAUCAGACUGUAUAGUAGCUGAAGAAACACGUGCGGAAAUUAGAAAGAUAUAUAUCCAGGAGAUAUUAAAAGAUAAUUGUUUUGAGGAUGCAAGUAAAUAUCCUUGUACUAAUUAUUUACAAUUGAGGUCAAUGGUGGAAGUACUAAUGGCUGAGUGUCCCCUAAAGAUUUAUGGGUCAUCUUUUGCUCGUGUUAAUAUUGAUAAAAUUGAGUACUCUCAAAAACUACCAUUUUCUUUAACUGUUGAAAUAUUAAAAGGAUUGAUUAAAAAAAGAAUUUCAAGAUAUUCAAGCAAUGUUUUAAUUGAAAAUAUUAAAGGAAUAUUCUUUUCUGAUAUUACUGUCGCUUUAAGUUGUAUGAUUGGACUCUUUGCUGAUAAAAUGAAUUUUCAUAUAAUUAAUCUUCAUUCAUUUCCAUUAUGGCAUUUAAAAGCUGUUCGAACACUUGUAGAAUUGGAAACUGAUAAUAAUUUUAAUGCUAUCAUAGAAUUUAUAACAUUCCUCAAUGGUGUUGAGCACAGCGAAAUACUCGCCGAUAUUCCUCCCUUUAUCAGAAGAUAUUAUUAUUUAUUUACUGUUGGAGACACUGAUGAAGGAACUGAUGAUUUUUUUCCAAAUCAUCCAGAACUCGUUUGGGAUAAACAUAUUUGUUCCUCCAUAGAAAAUAAACAAAUUAUUUCAGAACUCAAAUCAAAAAUUCCACAAGACCAACCUUCACCUUGCAUAAAAAUGAUGCAUAAAUUGUGUUGUGAUAUUAUAAUGAGUGAUGAUCGAGAGCUGGUUUGGACAAAAAGAUUUGUUUCUAAGUCAAAACUGCAUUCUUUGCUGAUGGAAUUUAUGGAGUAUGCACGUUCGUUUUCAUCUUUGAUUCCCCUCUGGUCUUCUAUGAGACCUAAGCCAUUUAAAUCACAUAAAAAAAGAUCUUAUCCUGAUCUUGCCACAGAAUCCAAAGGAGUCAUCCAAAGAACUGUUAGCAAGUUAUUGAGAUCUUUUAAAGCAAAACUGCCAAAACAUCCUUAUGAUUUUGAUGUUAUAACCGGCUCCUCUCUUACCAAAUGGUCUUCCAGGUCAUCAGAAUUUAUUAAAACAUUAAUACAAGAACCCCCAAAUGAUUUUGAUGUUUCAGCGGACUUGACACAAACCAAAGGAUAUUUUAAGUCAUCGAGUUCUUUUGAAAUCAAAACACAAGAAUAUGCAAAUGAUUUUGAUGUUAAUACAGAUCCCAUUCCUAUCAGAAGGCCUUCCAGUAAUUCGGGUUCUUUUGAAAUAAAAAAAAUACAAGAAUAUCCAAAUGAUUUUUAUGAUAAAACAGACCCCAUACCUACUGAAAAGCUUCCGAAACCAUUGCCAGUGAUUUCUCCCAAAUCGUCUGUAUCUCAUAAAAAAAAAAAUUAUAAAACCUCAAUUCAUUUUGAUGUUAAUAUAAAAUCGAGAGAUAACAAACAGAGACCUGUCAAGGCAUUUGAACCUUUUAAACCGAAAAUGCCUGAACAAUCAGUUCAUUUUGUAACCAAUACAGAGUCUAAAGAGAGUCCAUAUAAGCAAGACAAAAUUGUUUCAUCUGACACUACAAUACCAGAACAAUCAAAUGAUUUUGAUGGUAUAACGGAACCAUUAUCUGCCAAACCUGCCUCUAAGGAGGUUCGAAUUCUUUCUUCUGAAACAAAAUUACGGGAACUUUCAGACAAUUUCGAAACUGAAAAAGAACACAAAUCUAUCUUAAAGUGUUUUUCUCAACCUGUAAUAGAAGAACCCCUGAAUAGAAAUGAUAAACAUAGAAAAUCUGUGUUGUCUAAGAAGCAUUCUACAAUUAAAUCUGAUAUAAUGAAAUUCCGUAAAGAGCUGAUUGAUUUUAAUGCUACAAUGAAAUCUAGAGCUACCAAAGUGGUAAAUGAGUAUCCUGAACUUCCCUUGUGGAUACUGUGCGCUGAAGAUCUUAAUUUUGAGAAAUUCAUUCCUGUUCUGUGUUCACAAAAGACAGCUUUCGGUAUUGAAACUCCUAAACCGCCACCUGUGCCUAAGAAGAAAACAAAAGGUAUGAUUCCUGAACCGAGACUUUAUUUUCAUUUGCGUAGCCCAAAAAACAUGGAUCAUGAUCCGAGACUCUCACAUUUUAAAAUAUACAAGGAAGUAGAUGAAGCACAUCUUAUAAAAAUAGAUGAUAAUAAUAAAUCAAUGAAAGAAAAACUUUCUGAAGUACUUAAUGAUAAAAUCAGAGAAUCUAAGAAGUCAUAUAAGAUGAAGAAAAUGAGCCAUUGUAGUAAUUUAUUGUUUUCAAAAGAGAGCCAAGGAGAGCUAUCGGAUUUCGAUUGCCUUGCUAGAAAACACCUUGAACCAGGAGAAAAGGCAUCAUGGGAAGUGGUAUAUUCACCAAUCAGCUGUGGAAUAAUUUCUAAUAAAUUAACUGUUCGCGCUGCUGGAUUUCAUAAUAGUUUUACAGCGGAUAUAAGAAGCAUUUGUGAUAUUCCUACAGUCACUUUUGAGUUCAACAACUUAUAUCAGGAAAUGCCGUUAAUUUCUGAAGGUCAUUUAUGCCAUAAAAGUGGUUUUUGUGCUAAUGAAUCAAUUUAUUACUUUCAAACUGCCUUGAUUUCGACAAUGAAAAAGCUUAAGAACAAUAUCCACCAUCAGGAGGCUUCCUUCAAGGUUUCAAAUAUAUCCAGUGUCACAGCUAAAGUGUCCAUAGACUUUCAUAAAAAAUCUCCAGAAUUUGAUGUUCUACCGAAAGAAGUUGAAAUUGAGCCAAAUGAAACUACGAUUGUAACAAUUUUUUCUUCAAUAAGUGAUGUAGGUUCUUUUAUGGAAGAAAUAUUCUUAUCAACUCAAAAUAAUCCCUUACCACAGACCAUUAAGGUACAAUCUGAAGGUAUAAAUCCUUUAAUAAAAUUUGAGCCCAGGAAUCUGACGUUUAAGAAUACUCUUUUAUACCAAGAAAAAAUGUCUGUUUUUCAAAUUACUAAUUUAUGUUACAAGACAAUUUAUUGGGCAAUCGCUAUCCUCGAUACUUUAUCCCCAGUUAUCAGAUGUAACAGGAAUUCCAAUUUUUUAGAUCCUUAUUCGAGUGAAGAAGUCUCUGUUUAUUUCAGGCCAGAAAAAUGUUAUGACCAUAAACAACUUUAUAUUGAGGUAUUUGAUGCCGAGAACAAUGAGUUACUUCGAUAUAAAUGCUAUACAUUGGACCUUUAUGCCACUGAUGUUAAAGUUGAAAUUAACACUAAUUUAGGCACACAGAACUAUUUAGAAUUUGGUAAUAUCAAAGUAUUGAACAGAUAUGUUAGUGAAGUUGAACUCUCCAGAUGCAAAACUAGUAAACAAGUAUUUUACAGAAUCCGUUUUGCGGCCCAUGAGCAGAACAAAGUAUCUGAUAGCAUAACAAUAAAUUUUCCGCUUGAAGGAUAUAUUCAUACGAAAAAAGUAUAUUUUGAGGUUGAAGUUUUUUGUAAGGAUGAGGUAUAUUUUGAGAAAGUAAAAGCCAUAUUUGUCGAAAUAUAUUCUCCAUUCGAUUCAAAUUUGAAAAUAGCUGAGAUUCCAUUGAUUUUUUCAUUUCAUUCACAUUUUCCAAAAUAUGCUUUGUAUCCAGGAGAUUUUAUAGAUUUCGGCAAUGUGGAAAUUGGUACCAUAAAGAAACUCUUCUUAACAUUGGAAAAUAUUGGUUUCGUUGAUUUUAAUUAUUCAUUUAAAAUUUUAAAGCCCAGUUCAGUUUAUUUAAAUAAUGCUUACCCUUCACUUAAUUUGUCAAUGGUUCAAGAAUCAUCUUUAAAAAAUACAAUAUCUCUUCCUCCAUUAAAAAUUAGUAAAGGUAAAGGAAAUAUUUUACCAGGAAACCAAGAAAUUUAUGAAGUUGUUUGCAUGCCCAAAGCUGCUCAGAAAAUCGUUCAGGGAAUAUUGUUGACCAUUCCUGAGCUUCCGGAAAACUCCCAAAGAAUUUCUAUUUGUUUUAGGGGAAUAGCACCCGUUUUGAAUUUUGAUAUUGAAUCAUUAUUCAGAGAAUUGAAUAUUUUUAACACGAGACAGGAACUUUCCGAUUUCCCUAACAAUGGUCGUUUUGUUGCUGUAUUCAUAAAUAUAGAAGGUACAUUAUACUUAAGAAAUGUAUCAUUGUAUCAAACAGUUAAUAUUGAUAUAUUUAUUGAAAACAAGAGUCAGCUGGGAUGUAAUGUUUCUGUGAUAGUGAAUGGCGAAGGAUUCAGUGUACAACCACCUACUCUAUUUAUUAAACCGUAUCUAACAGAAAUAGUUACUUUGACAUAUUCACCUCAACAGUUAGAGGUUCAUAGAGGCAUGGUUAAAAUAGAACUUGAUUUACCCUACACAAUAGAAAAUUCAAGUUUCAAUUUCCUUGUCGAAGGAACUUCAGAGUUACCAUCUAUUAGUAUCUAUGACUACUUAUCAGAAACACUGAUAAUGAAUGCUCCUAUCAGGAUUGGAUUUACUGCCAACAAAACUCCUGUUCGUCAUUUGUUCAAGGUCCAAAACAGUGGAAAUGUGUUUUCUCAGACAAUUAUCGCUAUAGAAUUUGAAAAAAAUGUGACCGUUACAUUGGAUUCAGUGUAUACUCAAAAUAUAAUCGGACCUGAUUCGGAAACUGAUACACAAUCUGUGACAUUAUAUUUGCAACCAAAAGAGACAGCUGUUUUCGGAUGUACCCUAACUCCUGACACAAUUGGUACUUAUAUUGUAAUCCUAGCUGCUCAUACCGUUCUUAAUCCUUAUACAAAAGAGAAAGUUAAAAUCACUGGCGAUGCUGCCAUUGUAGAUAUUUCAUUAGAUGGUUUGACUUUUAUAAAUUAUUUUCAAGAACGAAAAUCAAAAGGAAAUCUUUCAUCAAGUAUUGUGAAAAUCUCUUCGAACUAUAACAUCAACUUUGGCCUUUGUGGAAAUGACUUGAAUAAAAAAGUCAUAUUUUCCAUUUGUAAUCAAUCUGAGUACACAUGGUUGUUUAAAUUUUCAAAUUUUGAUUUGGUUUCCUUUUCUCCUAACAAUGGAUACAUAACUCCCCAUAGUAGUGUCAAGAUCGAAUCUAUCCUAGACACUGGUGAACAUUUACCUAUCGAAAAAGAAGGAACAUUAUUUUUGACAAAGAUGACUGUUGUUGGACGUAUAUCCCCUCAAACAACAAUAUUAUGGAAUAUCGAUCAAAAGAAAAUUCAACUUAAAAAGAGUGAUGAGACGGUGCUUAGUGCUCCUAGCAACAUGACGAUGCAUUCUGCUCGUAGAAAUCAGAAAACGGUCAAAAUAGUGCAGAAUAUUGAAACAAAUACAAUUACUGUUCAAAAAAUAGAUCAAAAAAUUAAUCUGCUUGCCAAAUGCUGGUUUGUUGAAACUUCCCUUUUUUUGUACCAUGAUGAUGAAACUAAUUUCAGAUCAACUGUUAUAAAACAGCAUUCAGAAGAAGUAUUAUUUUUAGAAAAUACAUCUGAAGCAAGCUGCCAUAUUAUAUUUCAAUUAGAAGAUAUAAGUUUUAAGGAAAUUGAUUAUAAGCAUAAUUUAUUAGAUAACAUCUGUUUUGUAAAAAUGCCUAUAGAUACCAUAGUAAGUGAUGAUCCUGCUGAUGAAAUACGCUUUUUCAAUAUGAAUCAUGUUUUUCCUGAUAAUGUUUGCUUAAACGAUGUAUUUUGUCCUCUACUCAUUCAAGAAAUGUUGUUGGCUAAAUCUAUUACUAAAGCGAAAUUCACUUUCUGUCCACCAAAGCCUGGUGUUUAUUCUGCAAAUGUGAGAAUUAUUAUGGACGGCAAGCUGCUGGAUUUUCCUCGAACUACAUUGUCUACAAUCGGUUAUGUACCGCCUGUUCAGAUUGCACUUAUAAAUGAAGUUGAUAAGGAUGAAUUCAAACUUUUAAGCAUUCAGUCGUCUGUCAAAUAUAUCAAAAUUACCACAUAUGAACCAAAGUCUUUUAUUCGCAAUAAGCUAAUCUAUGUUUACAAUGCAACUAAUUGUUCAUUUUCGUAUAAUUGGAAAAAUAAGAAUAAUGUGUCAACAAUCAAAAAUUCUUCUACUGGAUUCUAUUGUCACCAGGUUUCUGGUAAUCUUGAAAAGCAAUCUGUACUAAAGUUGGAAAUGAUAUUUAAUCCUCAAGACUAUGGAGUUUACCAAAGCCUUUGGCAUUUGGAAAUUCCAGAUUAUAUUACUGAACAAGCCUUUCUAUUUAUUGGAGAAACCAAAACACCAGAUAUAGUUUUUGAUCCUGACAUACUUUCUUUGGAUCCAGUUAUUUUAGGUAUGAAAGCUAAAAACAAGAUUAAGAUUCAUAAUAAAGAAAAAGUAGCAUUUAAAUAUAAGGUAGAUCCGGUUUCUUUAUACUCAGAUAUUGAAGAUGAAAAGUUAUCCAUUGACCUUCCUUCUGGUGUACUGGAGCCCAAUAUGACUCAUGAAGUGACGAUUUCUUCUAUUCUUCAUGUGCCUAGAAAAUAUGUAUAUAAAACAUUUUGGAGUUUUGAGAAUGUAGAAAAAAGAUGGUGUUAUAAAAUAAUAACUCAUUGUUUGAAUGUUGAAGUUGACGUACGCUGUUUAAUUGACCGCAACAACAUAAAUGAAACUAUUUUAUUAAAAGAGAAUGAAAACAAUUUUAUUAACAUUGGAAAGGUUUUGGUGAAUGAUGAAUUAUUUUUCAUUUUUGUUAUAUCGAAUAAAGGAAAAGUUGCGAUAAACUAUGAAUGGGUUUUUUCAGAUAAUGCAACAAAAAUAUUAGAUAUUGAAAUAAAUCCAUAUGAAGAAAUUGUUCCUGCCCACACUAAAUUUUCUACUUCUAUGAAAGUAACUGUUCUUGAAAAAAAUGAUUUCACAAAUAUACCGUUUGUUUUAAAGAUUUUCAAAGGCCCAGUUUAUACAAUUUUCUUCUGCGGCUCAUCUAAAGAUCCUUUGUACAGAUUAAGCUUCAAGGAAUAUAAUUUUGGAACUCAAUUGGUACAAACCAGCGAUGAUGUUUAUCAUACGGUUAAUCUUCGGUUUGAAAAUCUUGACAUGCAAAUGCUGCUGAUUGAUUUAAUAUAUCUAUUUGAAGAUAAUUUUAAAAUCGAAUUACCAUGUUCGAGUGUUCCUCCUUUAUCUACUAUUGACAUCCCGAUACAUUUCUUUCCAAGAGAUAAAAGAAAAUAUAAAGAGGAAAUAGAGUUAUACGUAAACAACACUUUACGUGAUGAAAUUGUUCUAUUGGGCAAAGGCGAAUCCUUCCAGGUUGAUGUUGUUAAACCAUCAAAAGGUAUUAUUGCUUUUGACCAAAUUGGGGUCAAUGAAUUAAUCAUAGAAGAAACAGAAAUUAUCAAUCCUACCAAUACGAUGUUCAACAUAAAUCUUAAAGUUAAAAAUGAAUAUGAAGGACUGGUUGAAAUCAAACUGGAUCCUACUGUAAUAGAAUUGAGACCAAAUUUCCCAUUCAAAAUAUCUGUUUACAUAAAAUGUUUCAGUUUUGGCGAUUACUCAGGUCUUGAGGUUUGGGCGACUUGUCACGAACACAAAAUUAGACUCUACAGCUUGACGAUUCACUGUGUUGGAGCUAAACUUGCAUUUGAUAGAAAAACAAUUAAUUUUUUUCCACAUUUUAGAAAGACACUUCAUAGGGAAGAAGUUGCAAUAAUUAAUAGUGGAAAUAUUCCUACAAGAUUUAAAUUGGAUACAAGUGACCUUCCAAAAAUGUUUAAGAUUGAACCUCUGGGAGGAGAGUGUUUGCCCAGAAUUCCUUAUAUUUUAAAUAUUAUAUGCUGUUUAAAGUUUAUUACAGAUUAUUUAUCAGCAAAGGUGAAAUGUAUUGAGGAAGGAAAGGAUGGGUUUUUAGAAUUAACUCUUAUUACAUAUCCGUUUCCUCCUGGUGUACAGCUAAAAACUCUUAAAUUUUUAUGUCCAGUGAGACAACAAAAUAUCCGAUGCAUUUCUGUUGAAAAUAGGACGCUGAAAACUUGGUCUCUCAUACCACUUAUCACUGGCCAAUAUUUCAGCGGUGAAGCUACUUUAGAAGUUUUACCAAAAUCUAUUAUAAAUUAUACUGUACUUUACAAACCUCUUACUAUGACAAAGGAUGAUAAAACGCAUAAGGGAAUUCUUGUGAUUCCUACCCAACCCAAAGAGAUGGUUGUCAAAUUGGAAGGGAGGAGUACUGAACCGUUGUUGGAGGGAACUUUGUGGUCGACUGCAACAGCCAGGGAAGAGUGUGUAAUAACGCUGUCCGUUGAGAAUCCUCUAGAAACCUUGCAGAAAAUGAGCGUACAAUUCAGGAAAAGUCGAUCAAAUAACGAUGAAUUCAAUAUUGAAGGAAGCAAAUGUUUUGUGCUGCCAGGUAGAGACAAGAAAGAAUAUAUUGUCAAAUUUUAUGCGUAUAAAAAAGGAACAGUAAAUUUUGAUGUUAUCUUCACAAAUGAUGAAAAUUUUGAAUACAUGGUUUACAAUGUAACAGUUGAGAUAUCACCUCCAGAAAAGAUUUGGGAGACAAUUGAAAUGGAUGCAAUGAUAGAUCAUUCUCUAAGUAAAACUAUUGCGGUUUACAAUCCUCUCAAAAUAAUUGAUACAUUUAAGGUCACAUCACUUGUUCCGAGGACUUAUGAAUAUCUAACAGUGAAGCCAUCUGUUUUAGAUGUCCAUCCUAAUCAACACGGAGAAUUUUCUAUUAUUUACUCACCGAAGAAAUUGGAAAAAAGUGAGGUAAAAUUGCAAGUGACUGGCAAUUUACUGGGGACAUAUUUUUACAGAAUAAUUCUGAGGAGUGAAAUACCUUCUUCAAGCGGCUUAAUUUCUUUGUUCAAUCCUUUUGGUUCUAAAUUGACAUUUAUUUUGAAAUUGCCAACACCAAUUGUUAAAAAUGUUCCUUCAUUUAACACUGAAAUUCCUAGAAAAAAAAGCUACAUUACAGAACAUAAAAUUACGACUAUAUGCCAUACUGUAAGAAUUCAUAGAAGAGUUUAUAACAGAAUUAUUGGUCGAACCAGAAAGUUAGUAAAAGAAGUACUGCUUUUCAGAGCAAAGUCUGAUAAUCCAGCAAUAACAAUAAAACAUGUGGAUGAUUCUUCAUACAUUGAAGAACUCUUAUGUGCUUACGAACCAGCUGCGGUUGGUACAAAUACAGCUUCGGUGACAGUUGAAUAUUUUAAGCCUUAUCAGCUCUUUGUAUAUAAACUUUUGUGCCAUUGUGAACCUCCUCAACCGCAAGGUCCAUUUGAUAUCUCUGUCUUGGAACCAUUUGUACUCAAAUUCAAAAAUGUAUUAGAUGUCCAGAAGAAAUAUUCUUGCUUAUGUGCUAAUUUUGAAUGCUGUUUACAACUAUCUAAAUCAUUAUUUACUUUAGAACCCAAAGAGGCAAUAAGAAUAAUAAUAACUGUGAAAGAUAAUGAGGAAGUCAAACAACAUUCAGCAAUGGUGAGAAUUACUGAUUUGCCAGAAAACUUACACCAAUGGGAUUACUGUUUCAACGUGCAUCGAUGA